AUUAAUUAUAAUUUAUGUAAAUUAACUGAGUAUGAUGACAAUAAAAUUUUGAAUGAUCCACAAUUUUCAGAACUAAUAGUCUUGGAUAUUAACAAUGAAGACAAAAGUGACAAAUAUUCAUAUUUUAGCAGAAAUGAUUAUAAAGAAUAUGCUUUAUGUACCGGGAAUUAUGUAAAUAAAAUACAACAGGGUGACUUUGUUAUUUGGGAAUCUUGUAACAAGAAUGAUUGUUCACAUCUAGUAUUAUUCUACGAUGGUGAUGAUAAGUAUAUAGUAAUCGUUCCUUAUGAAGGGAAUUUAAUUCUUUUACACAAAUCUUGUGAUGGUUCUUGGAUUAAUAUAAAAACUGAAGUCGAUUUGAACAAAUUGCAUGUGUACGGAACCAAUGGAUUUUAUUUAAAUCCAGAUUAUUUUUACUACGAUCUUAAAAGGAGUAAUCUACAAAUUUUAUUUGAUACUUAUUGUGAAAUCGUUGUUUAUUCCGGGAGUUUAAUAUAUGACCAUUGCGAUAAUCCUAUGUAUGGUCACCUUUAUUCUUUGUGUUUCAAUUUAUUAGAUUCAACUUUAUCAAUUCAUCUAUCUAAUGACUCAAUAAUGACUAUUCCCUGUCCCAAGGCUCAAAUGCAUGUAAAAACCAAUUCUAUUAACCUUUAUCAAGGUUAUGAUUGUUACAACACAUCACAUUUUACUUUUAAACGUGAAUUGAAAGACUGUAAAGAUGAAAAGGUUGUUAAGAAACUAAAAUUAGAUGAGGGUAAACCAAAAUAUAUCUGCAUAUAUGAGUGUAAUUUCUAUGAUGAUACAUUUGACGUUAACGCUAUCCAUGUUUUUGUUGAUUCCAAUAUGAUAAUGUCCACAGAUAAAUAUGUAACAUAUUGCUCAGGAGGUUAUAGGGAUUUUAACAUUAAAAAAGGAUUUAUAUUCGCAAAAGUGGAAAACGGCCCCGAAAUUUCAUAUGAUACAUUUUAUCAAGGUUAUUAUGAUUUACAAAUAAAUGCUACUCGUUCAUUUUAUCAAUUAACCGAAAAUCGUGAUCUUGAAUAUAAUCCCAGAUAUAACACUGAUUAUUUAGGUAAAAUGAGGCCAGAUAUAACGAAGUUCAAAUUCUACAACAUGGAAGAUAUUGAAAUAUCCUCUGAUGAUUGUGAUGUUUCAUAUGACGAUUUUUUUUAUGCAAUUAGGUUCAAAACUGAAUUAUAUAGGGUUGUCUAUAAUGGCAAGGAGUACUGGAAUUAUAAUAAUGAUAAAAGCAAUGGAUUUCCUAACAAAAUCUACUUCACAGACUACAAUAAUGAUAUGAACGUUUGUUUCAAUGAUGGCAAAAUUCAAAAAGUAAAGAUUAAGGUUCACUUUUUAAAAUUAUAUACAACUGACGAGUUUGGUAAUAGGGUUCAAAUUGAUGACAAUCAGUACAGAAUAAAAAAACCUUUCAAGGACCAACGUAUGUAUAAAUUUAAGGAAGGUGUUAAGUGUACUGAGAUUUGGCAUUACGAAUAUGAGCUCGCUUGGAAGCAUAAACAUGGUGACCCUUAUCCCUCUUCAUUUACCUAUGAUAAUUAUAUGUUUUCGAUAAGUUUAAAAUUUGAGACAUAUUUUAUUGUUUCAUUGAGAGGACGUUGUAACAAGAUUUGGAUUCCGAUGGUAUAUUAUAUUCCAAAACAUUUCAAACUAUUCCAACUCAAUGAGAAUGGUGAAAAUCUAGAAUUAAAUGAGAAACACUAUGAUUUAACGUGUUCGCACUUUGGAUCAAUUAAAUAUAAUAUUAAAGAAUGUGAUGAAUGUGAUGAGAUUAAAUUUGACGAUGUAACAAUUUAUAAACGCAAGCAGUCAGAACAAUAUCCGUACACAAUGACUUAUUACACCUGUAUGCCAUUAGUUACAGGUUUGUGUAGUAAUUUAUCAAUUAGGUGUGAAAGAAAAAAAGGGAUUUGGAAGACUUACUUAAGGGAAGUGACAGAUAUUAGAAAAAAGUUCCGUCGUUAA